AGAAACCCCACAACAACUGUCAUGGCUGCCUCCUGCUCUUUAGUGUGCUGUGGGGAAGAGACUGAAUCCGACAAAGCAGCUAUUGUCCGCUUUUCCAAUGGCUGCGUCACCAAUGCAGAGAGCCUCGAUUUCAGCAUGUACAAGAACAGAGAUGAGAACAACCCGAGGAAGAAGAGCAGGCGGAUACUGGUUGCUGAAUCAAACAGACUGAGUUAUGUUGGUCAGAAUUUUGGAGCGGGAGCUCUGAAAUGCAACACCCUCUGCAAAUAUUAUGUUGGAGUGCUGAACAAACAGACCAUGCAAAUGGAGGUGCAUAACGCUGUGCUGUUCAACAUGCAGCCUGUUAUCCCGGGGGAGACAUCAACUACCAAAUCUCAGGAUACUUCUCAAUCCUACAGAGACAAAGUUGAUAUGUUGAUUGAGGCAUUUGGCACCAACAAGCAGAAACGAGCCCUGGCUUCCCGCAAGCUAAACCAGGUGGGUAGCAAUGCCCUGCAGGCUGCAGUGGAUAAAGCUGCCACCUCUGUUAUUGAAAAGAAAGGUCUGGAAGCCCUCCAACAGGAAGUGGUUGAGACAGAGUCCCAAGAGACCCUGGGGUCCCACCUGCCUCCUUGCAAUCCAAACGCAGGCAAACGAGAAGACGUAUACCCAUUUGAUGAGCUCUUGAGUCCAGUCGAGCUCGCUGCUUUGGAGCAGCCUGGAUCCAAGAUGGCAGCACUCACCAAGGAGGAGCUGCAGAAGAUGAGAGAUGAAGGAGGGUCACUGAGUGUUGUGAAGCAUUUAGAGAGCCUGCCACCUGAAGGUGAAGCCAGAGAGAGAAUAGCACGCUGCGCCUUUUACCUCUCUCUGCUCUUCAAACUGGCAAAUCAGAAGAACGUCCAACGCAAGUUUGGACAUGAUGAAGGCUGCCCUCGCAUCAUUCAGAACAAGCUGUUCAGAACUUUCACUGUAGAGAGUUUCGACAAUGGGAGGGUGCAGAAGAUAGUUUCAACAUCAAUGCGUGCCAAAUUAGCAGCGUACAGCUUGGCUCUGUUGUUGCACAUGGGUCACAUGACUGUUGACCUCUCAUUACUGCAUCGUGAUCUGGGAAUCACCAAAGCCAAGGUGAUCGAGAUUGCAAAGUCAAUGGGACUGUCUUUGAUUAAACCAGCAAGAGCCAAAAGGGACGAAGCUGCACUGAGUGACGACCACCGGCAGGCCACUGUUGUCCUACCACUAGUCAAGUAUGAGAAGUUUGUCGAGCAACGGAAACGGAAGAAGAUGCAUUAAAAUAUAAGAAAAGAUGAAAGGACUGCAGGAAAUGGAAACAUCACAAAGAAGAGCCGUUUAUUAUGUUUUGUAGACAAAAGAGAAAAGAGGACACUUUGAAACCUUAUUUUUUACGAUUACUGUUGAGGAUGUAAAAACUAACAAGCUGUAAACAACCUCUAGAUUACCUAACAUCCAGCUUUACUCUAUAGGCACAUUUGUAGAGUUCACUUAGGCUAUAUUCACAUUGCUGCUUGAAGUGACCCAACUCAAGUUUUUUUCCUUAAUGUGACCCAGACAUAGGUCACAUUAAGGGGGGAAAAAAAAAAAAAAAAAAAUCGGAAUUGGGUCACUUCAGACUGCAGUGUGAACGUAGCCAUAUUGCACAUAUUUCCAUAGCCAUAUUUCUGUUUGGUUGCAAGAAAAUGAGUGUUGGCAUUGAAGCCAGAAACUCACCUUAAAACAACACACUGUGCAAGAGGCAGAAGCUUAAUUUUGGCUUGUUGUUGCAUAUUCACUUCAUACGAUCAUCUUUCCAAACCCCCCUGCUACAAUUGUAGAUUUUUUUUUUAAAUAUCAAAAAAGGCACAGAUUUGUACCAGAUGAGUUAUUUCUAAAGCCUUCCCCUGCUGCUGGGAUCUAUUGAAGAGCACAUCCUUAACAGAAACUAUUAAAAGCAGAAUGAUGAUAAAAUGUCUGUGGUGUAAAAACCAUUAAAAUAAAGCUUCAGUGAAACAUGCAGUUGA